AUCAUCAAUUUGAAAGACAAACAUAUCUACAGAUCUAAGAUCCGCAACUACCCUUGAGCCCCAACCUUCUCCAAUAUUCUACAUAUCGAUCAACAAAUUCCAAGCAUCCAGCCUAUCAUAUUAGCAAUGGCUUUUGUUCUCACACCCCGCUUCGCACCCGCCUAUCAGGUGCCGCAGUACAACCCCUAUGGCUUCUGUGCUCCGGCAUCACGGUCUCCAUACGCUUAUCGUGUCUCUCGUCCUCAGGCUCGCCGCUCUCAGUACUUCCUCAGCCAAGUCGAUGAGCUACUGAACGAAAUCGACCGCGAAGCAAAGCGCCAAGCACAACUUGAAGCUCAGCGUGAGGCAGAGCUUGCAGCACGGCUCGAAGCUCAGCGUGAGGCACAACGUCAGCUCGAACUCCAGCGUCAACAAGAGCUUGAACGGAGGCGUGCACUCCGCGCUGAAUUCGAUGUCAACCAGAACGAGAAGGGAUGGCAGAUCAAUGGUCACUUCCACGGUUUCGACCAGGAGAACAUCAACGUCGAGAUGAUUGACGAACGCACACUGAAGGUCGCUGGCAACACUCUGUGGCAGUCUGAGAAGGCGCAGCCGGAGCCGCAGCAACCUCAAAUCGAAGCUGCACCCGCUACUGAGGAGAAACCCAACGAGCAUGAGGCCGCGGACGCCACAGAGACUGACACUACAACUGCCGGCGCUGCCACUCCAGAUAGCGAUACCGCAUCGCACAAGUCAUACCAGCCAACUGUGGAGGACGACUUCGAAGACCUCGGCGAUGACGCCACAUCAUCUGUAUCAUCAUCGACUCCUGCCGAACCCAGGGAGCCCAAGGGCAAGGAGAAGGCUGUUGAGGAGCCUGCUACUACCGAAACAGCUCUUGCCACUCAACCCCAGACCGAGGUACCAGCUCAGCAGUCACAAGAACAGCCUCAGCAAGAAAAGCGCGUGCACGGAUCUUUCGAGCGCACCUUCCGCUUUCCAGAGCGCAUCGACGUCGCGAACGUGAGCGCUAGCUUCAAGGAUGGUGUGCUCAGCAUCACUGCUCCAAGGGCACAGGUACCACAGUUGAGGAGGAUCACUAUCUCGUAGGUGGACAUGGAUAAGAUGGCGAAAUUAAUGGAUAGUAAAUGUAUGAACAAGGACUGCAUCAUGUGGAGUUCCGGUUGCAUAUGAUAACUCUGGGUUCUCUAAAGUAUUUGCAUGGGAUGUUUAGCUACCAUUAUCGAAUCAAUAAUUGCAUUGCUAAA